UCAGCUGCGAAGCGGAAGUGGAUUUAUGUCUGACUUUGAGAGUAUCAAUUAUUUGAAUCUUUUUGGAAAAAAAAUAUUAAUGAAAGGCUAGUAUAUUAUUUAGAGUCAAAAGAAAUAAUAAUUAUUAAGAAAGUGGAUUUCGGUUCACCAUACUGCGUGUGGACAAAACAGGACGAGGGGAAAAAAACAAGAUGGGGUUUGAUGGAGAAUAUGCGAUUGUGUUGAUAGUAUUGUGUUAUCGAUCAGUGCGUAUAUGUUCACAUAUAUGUUGUUUAAUAGAGUGAAUAUCAAUAAUAGUUUGAUAUUAUUUGAUAUAGCUAGCUUAGCUUGCUAGUUAGCUUAGCUCGUUUAGCCGCUAACAAAGAGAGGCGGAAGUGAUGAAAACACAUCGCUAAGCAGAGAUCAAGUGUGAGUGUAAAGUGUUGUGAUUGUGUGAAAAUGUGCGAAAGAACGAUAGCAGAGUACGAGGAGGAACUUUGUCCAACAAAAGAGGAGAAGGAGCGACAACAUCAACUACUGGACGCUGUUUUCAAGAAACAUCAAGUUGUGUUACACAGAACAGGCAUCCAGAAGCCCCCUCAUAAUAAAGAGGAAAAUGCACAAUCCCUUCCUGUUAAAGAGGAAGAGGAGGAGCCACAGGCCCACCAAGUUAAAGAGGAAGAGGAGGAAGUGUGGAUCACUCAGGAGGAAGAGUGUCUCCUAGGGCAAGAGGAGGCUGAUCUCACCAAGUUUCCACUGACUGUUGUCUCUGUGAAGACUGAAGACCAUGAAGACAAACCACCUGAGUCCUCACAGCUUCAUCACAGUCCAAAUGUCUAUGAAGAACAUCAGAAUAAGGGGACCUCCGGGAUGAGGCAGGUGGGAUUAGAGCCACCCCAGUUUAAAGAGGAAGAGGAGGAGACACAUCCCUCACACAUUAAAGAAGAGGAAGAAGAAAAUGAGCCACAGGCUGCUUACAUUAAAGAGGAAGAGGAGGAGCACAUCAUCAGUCAGGAGGUUGAUGUCACCAAUAUGCCAUUUACUAUUGUCAUCGUGAAGAGUGAAGAUGAUGAGGUCAAAGGUGAAAGCGAGGAGAAGAGAGAGGCGGAGCCUCCAAGCAGCAGCUCAACAGAAGCUGAUGGAGACCACUGUGGAGGAUCACAAGCAGACAAGCUCUUAGCUCCACUAUCAGAUAGUGAGGACACAACGUCACACUCUCCUGACACUGAUGAUGAAGACUCUAAAGAUGAUAAGACAUGUCACACUGACAACACACACCUGACGUGUCCUCACUGCGACAAAACCUUUAGAUACCCGAGUCACCUGAAAGUACACAUGAAAAUACACACUGGGGAAAAAAAUUGUUUAUGUCCAGUCUGUGGUAAAAGUUUUGUUCAAGAUAGUGUUUUGAAAAGGCACAUGACAAAACACACUGGAGAUAAACCGUUCACGUGCUCAGUUUGUAGUAAAAGGUUCUCCCGGAAGGCAGAUUUGACAAUACACACCAGGAUACACACCGGAGAAAAAUCUUUUUUGUGCGCGGUCUGCGGUAAAGGUUUUAAACAAAGUCAACACUUGAAAGGUCACAUGGGAAUACACACUGGAGCAAAACAUUUUUCAUGUUCAAUCUGUGGUAAAGGUUUUAUACAAAGUCAGAACUUGAAAGUACACAUGAGACUACACACCGGAGAAAAACCCUUUUCCUGUCCAAUUUGCUUCAAGGAUUUUAACCAGAGCCAGUGUUUGAAAAUACAUAUGAGACAGCACAAUGGAGAAAAACUGUAUUCCUGUUCAGGUUGCAAUAAAAGCUUUGCUGACCAAUCGAAGCUUGUAACACACAUGAGAAUACACACUGGAGAGAAAGUGUUGAGUUGCAAUUUGUGUGGUGAAGGAUUUUCUUAUAAGUACCAGUGUAAGAAACACAAGUGUGCUGGUGAGAACAGCAGCAGCAAAUGAUGUUGCAGGAAUAAAAAAAAUCAGUCUUUAAAGGGGAACAUUAUCACCAGACCUAUGUAAGCGUCAAUAUAUACCUUGAUGUUGCAGAAAAAAGACCAUAUAUUUUUUUAACCGAUUUCCGAACUCUAAAUGGGUGAAUUUUGGCGAAUUAAACGCCUUUCUAAUAUUUGCUCUCGGAACGAUGACGUCACAUCGGGAAGCAAUCCGCCAUUUUCUCAAACACCGAGUCAAAUCAGCUCUGUUAUUUUCCGUUUUUCCGACUGUUUUCCGUACCUUGGAGACAUCAUGCCUCGUCGGUGUGUUGUCGGAGGGUGUAACAACACGAACAGGGACGGAUUCAAGUUGCACCAGUGGCCCAAAGAUGCCAAAGUGGCAAGAAAUUGGACGUUUGUUCCGCACACUUUACCGACGAA